GGUGUAUGGGUGCAAGGCGAUAGACGCGUGGAUUUUUUUUUUUGGACGAAAAAAUUUCUCGAGAGAUCUUCAUUUCUCCAAAACGGGACGUUUAAAGAAGGGCGAGAAGGAUACACCGUGAGCUUAACGGUCUUUCAAUUUCAUUAGACCCGGGAUCCUUCUCGGGCUUCUUUUUACUUGCAAAAAACUCAUCUAUUCGUCAUUUUUGGUAUAAAUCCUCUAAACGAGCUUUUCCAAGGCCAUGGUCUUCUUCUUUCUUUAAAUAUCUUUCUUCUUACACUCUCCCCAUGCGCUAUGAGUGAAACGACUACGAGAUUACCUUCCAUUUCACACUUGCUGACGAUCCCACCUUCACCAUUACCUUCGUGUUCAUCGCCGUCAUUACGUCUACCUUCGUCCACUUGUUCCUCCGUUCCAUCCGCCAUGUCGCCUUGUAGUUUAUUACCGCUGUCACCCCUUCCCAGUAUGAAUCUGCCACCUCCAUCGCCCGUGCCUACCAGUUUAUCUUCGUCGCCAGGAACUCCGAUGCACACUUCACCCCGCCAUUGUCCCCCGCCAUCCUUUUCGAAUUAUAUGUCACCUCCGUUAUUAUCACCUACCGAAUCCGUAUGUUCUCGAUCGCCUUGUUUCCUUCUACAACCACCUUCACCACUGCCUCCUCCCGCUUUAUCCUUACCACCCGUGCAUCCUCUAACAUCAUCCUGUGACGACGCUCCCUUGCAAGGCUAUGAUCCGCCACGACCACUCGUUCGAUUGCCUACCCAAGGUAUUUCGACCGCGAACUUGUUUAACAAAUUACCGACUUGGACUUCGUUCCCGAUCCCGUCCCCGAGCUCCAGUCACUCUACCCUUGAUUCCUUUGAUACCACCAUGAGUGAGCCCGCGAAACCUCCAUCCCCAUCCCCUGUCCGAUCCCCGGCACGACCACCGCCACAACGACCUCCAUCAUCGUCACCGCCAUCGCAACCCGUUUCCAGUCCGCCCACGCAAAUUCUGUUUGACAAGGAAGGCAAACCGAUCCUGAAACGACGUCGAGGCAGACCUGCGACGAUUCGCGAGCCAACCUACGAGGGUGGAUGGACGUUCCUGGCCCCAACCGUGUGGGACGUGGUCAACGCUUACCCUGCAUCGCAUUCCCAGGGGCAACCGACCCCAACGUCACAAGUGGAUUUAUCACCUUCGGACGGUGGCAUGGAUGAUUCCAUGGCAGCAUUUACGGAUUCCAAUAUGGAUAUUGUGCUUCAGAUGCCCAAGAAAAAGCGUGGGCGCAAACCCAAGACCCACAUUGCCGGUAAUUCGUGCUUCAUUUGGCGAGAACUGACCGUCACGCGAACGGUAAAACGAAAAAAAUCCGAUCCGUUGCCGAAUAAGCGAUCAAAAAAACUCAGUGACCACGAAAAUCUUGGCAACCAAAGAGACAACGACGAUGACGACGAGGACGAUGUGAAUCAGGAUGAAGUCGCUCCCACCCGCCGCAGAUCCAAUCUUGCUUCUUGAUCUCCUUGCUUGAUCCUAGAAAAAAAAAAAAAAAAAAAAAA